AUGACUGGGGGCAGCAUAGCAGAUCAAAAUAAUCGAGAAAGCAGCGAUGCAAGCACUUUCAAAAAACGCACAAGGAUAACAGCUUACCAGCGAGUCCAACUAGAGAGUAAGUUUAUGAGUUCUGCUUAUAUUUCAAAGAGCGACCAAGAGCAGUUAAGCAUGGAGCUUAGACUUCCUUGUAAGACAGUACAGGCAUGGUUCAAAAACAGAAGGUAUCGCUGGAGGAAGAGUGGCUCCCCUGAUAAACAAGGCAGUUCUCCUGGAGAACAACAGAUGAAAUUAUCAUCAGGGCAAACCAGUGGCUUAUGCUACUUACCUAGUGUUACUACCAACACGUCAUCAACCAAUUCUGCAAAUCAAACCCCAAGCCUUUACAUCAAUUCCAUGGUUCCCAACCAUAGUUACAAUAGCCAUGGUUUCAGUAACCAUAGUAAUCAUGGCUACAACAGCAAUGGUUACACCGGCCUGGGUUAUGGCAGCCAUGAUGGACCUUUCUCUCAGAUGAACACCAAUUAUCCUGCUGCCAAUUUCCUUACAGGACAUCGACCCCUUGGUUUUUAA